GUGGUUUUCGAUUUGGGACCUUCGGUUGUUUCAAAGGGGACGCAUUAAAGUGCUGAACAAAUGUAGCUUGAACGCUACUGGACAUGCAGAGUAUUAACUGUGGUUGUAAAGGAGUAAGAUCAUGUCUGAGGUGCGAGGCGUUGGAGCCUAAACAACAUUUACUUCAGAAGAAUGAGCUGACACAUGAUUUCACCUAUGAUCCGGUGUCAAAGGCAGCAGUCGGAGAGGAGGAAAGUGGCACUCAGCAGUCCUUUACGUUUUCUGGAAUAUUAUUGUGGGAGAAUUUUGUUUCAGAAGAUGAAGAGAGGGAACUGAUCACCAGAAUGGAUCAAGAUGUUUGGAGAGAAUCUCAAUCAGGCCGUCGAAAACAGGACUUUGGGCCAAAGGUGAGCUUCAAGAAACGUCGUGUUUGUGUGGGAAACUUCACUGGCCUGCCUGCUAUGAGCCGUCACCUGGUGGACAGGAUGUCAAAGGCACCUCAGUUGGCCUCCUUCAAACCAGUAGAGCAGUGCAACCUAGACUAUGAUCCCCUCAGAGGCUCUGCCAUUGACCCUCACUUAGAUGAUAGUUGGCUGUGGGGAGAGCACCUGGUCACCAUUAACCUGCUCUCAGACACUGUCCUCACGAUGAGUUUAGAUCGAGGCUGGGGAGACAUGGACGAUGGGGAGGUGAGAGUAGCCGUGCAUUCACCACGCAGAUCACUGAUUGUACUCUAUGGAGAGGCACGUCACCGGUGGAAACAUGGCAUCCACAGGCGCAGAGUGUGCAGCACCUUCCAGGAGCUGUCUGAGGAGUUUCUAAAGGGAGGAGAGCAGGAGAAACUGGGCUCAGAGUUGCUAGAUAUAUAUAUAAAAUAUAUAUAUAUAAGCUGCCUUUGCUUUGAUAUGUGA